CACAGCCUGGACAUCAGGGAAGGGCUACAGGCCAGCAUCAAGCCUCUGAGGAGGAAUGAACUAUAGUUUUCUCCAUGUCUAGAGGCUCCCACCGUGGUCCACAGUUGGCCAAUGCAACCCGGGAGCUCUUGUUAUACAAUUUUUGAUGGAAAAAAAAAUGCAUAAGGCCCUUAAUAAAUAAAGGUGUACCCUAAACCUAGGAGCUGGACUUCAAUUCUCUGAGCAUGGUUCUUUCAACUUGUAGGUCUGGCUUAACGCCCCUGGCACCACAGUCAAUAGGUGUCUGUCUUCCUGAGACGCCAAACAUGGCCCAGGAGGGGCAGAUUGGACCAAGGAGCCCUGCACCUAAGAGCCGCCCGCUCUUGGUUCAAAGGGUUCAGGCCCUGGCCCCCUCCCAGCUCGAGCCGUCUUUGAUGUGCUGAUGAGUUCUGGAAGGAGCCACUUCACACCUCAGGCUCGGGAUAAAGCUGCGGCGGGCCCAAUGGACGAGCCUCUGCUGCCAUGGCCCAGCCCCUGUGUGCGCCGCUCGCUGAGUCCUGGAUCCCGACUCCCGCUUGUCCACAGCCACCGAUGCCUUCCGACGGGGACAGCGUUGGCUCCCCAGCCUGGUCUUCGGACUCGUGGGACGGUGCCCAGGCCGGCAGCCCCGUGCCACCGUGCGCCCGCCCGGCCCGGCGCGCUGGGACCCCCGGUAGGCGCGGGACGCACGGCAGCCGCCUGGGUAGCGGACAGAGGCAGAGCGCCAGCGAGCGGGAGAAGCUACGUAUGCGCACGCUCGCCCGCGCACUUCACGAGCUGCGCCGCUUCCUGCCGGCGUCCGUGGUACCAACCGGCCAGAGCCUGACCAAGAUCGAGACGCUGCGCCUGGCCAUCCGCUACAUCGGCCACCUGUCGGCUGUGCUGGGCCUCAGCGAGGACAGUCUGCGGCGACAGCGGCACAGUGCCUCACCUCGAGGCUGUCUGCUACGUCCCGACGGUGGCCCGGCGCAGGCGCAGUCGCUCGGUUCGUGUUUGAGCCCCGCCACCAGCAGCGGUGUGUCGUGGGGUUCUCUGCCCGUCUGCCCUAGACCCCGAGUCGUCGCAGAGCCGUGGGACCCAUCGUUCCUGUACGCCGAGACAGCAUCCCUGGAAAGGCAGGAGAUGGAGCCCAGCCCCCCGUCUCCGCUCUUCAGCAGCGACGUGCUGGCUCUGUUAGAAACCUGGACGCCACAGGAGUGGCCGCCAGCCUGAAGAGUCGAAGAGACAAUGCAGUGAAUGACUGGCACCCUGUUUGAGCACAGAGACUUUUCCUUUUGCUUUCGCACCUUCAAAGCGAGUGUUUCCUGGAAGAGUCACCAACGUUUAUCAACACGGGCUUUCCCCGGGGUGGGAGCUGGCGCUCAUCUUGACCGUAUCUUACCAACCUUCCUUGGAAGGAGCGGCCUGUAGGGCACAUGCUCUAAAGCUGAAGCGGGCACAUGGCUCUGCUUGGUGUGUAUUUAUUUAUUUGAGAAUAAACCGUUUGUG